AUGUCUUCGUCCGUUCAUUUCAAAUUCAAGUCCUCGAAGGAGCCCUCACGGGUUACCUUCGAUGGCACUGGUAUUUCGGUCUUUGAACUCAAAAGAGAGAUUAUCAGCCAAAGUAGAUUGGGCGAUGGAAGCGACUUUGAGCUGUCAAUCUACAACGAAGACACCAGAGAGGAAUAUGACGAUGACACUACCAUUAUCCCUCGAUCAACCUCAGUGGUCGCACGUCGACUGCCCGCUGCGCGUCCUGGCAAGGGUGGCGCUGCACGUUAUGUGUCCGGAAAAAUGCCUGUUAAUGCCCGCAUUGGCACGAAUCAACCCUCGACGAGCCGAACGAUGCCCGGGACUGGACAGUCCGUCAAUAAUAACGUCCUCGAACUCAACAAUGCCCAGACAGAAGAAGAGAAGAUCAAUGCUCUCUUCAACCUGCAGGCCAGCCAAUGGCAGGAACAACAGAAUGAAAUGGCAAACGCGACACCAGUGCAGUUUGCUCGUGGCAAGCCAAAGCCUCUCAAUGUACCCGACCACCCUCCUCCACCAGGAUACCUUUGCUAUCGCUGCCGGGAAAAAGGUCACUGGAUCCAGGCUUGUCCGACAAACAAUGACCCCAAGUUUGAUGGGAAGUACAGAGUCAAGCGAUCGACCGGUAUUCCUCGCUCGCUCCAAACCAAAGUCGAGAAACCGGAAUCUCUAGCCCCCGAUGGCUCUACCGAAGAAGCAAGGAAUACCGGGGUAAUGGUGAACGCUGAUGGUGACUUUGUUAUCGCAAAGCCAGAUAAAGCAGCCUGGGAGUUGUAUCAGGAGAAGACCAAGGCAUCAGCGGCUGCAGCUGCAGAAGCGGCCGCGGCGGAGGAGAGCAAAGCACUGCAGGCUCGAGGCUUGGAGUGCUCAAUUGACAAAAGGAUGUUCCUAGAGCCAACAAAGACACCGUGUUGCGAAAGGACGUAUUGCAAUGAUUGUAUUUCCAAUGCUCUGAUUGAAAGUGACUUUGUUUGCCCUGGAUGUUCCACAGAGGGCGUUUUGCUUGAUAACCUUACCCCAGAUGAUGAGGCUGCGUCCAAAAUUAAGGUAUACGAAGCCGAGAAGGCAGAGGCCAAAAAGGAAAAGGAAAAGCAACCCGCUGCCCAGGAUGGUACUCCUGUGCCAGAGACUCAAACCGAGCCCAAGCCAGCGAACAAGGAAGAAAGCCCAUCCAAUCAAGCCCCGGACACAACUCCUCCACAAUCAAAGAAGCGACCCGCUGAGGACGAGCCCACGAAUGAAGAGGACUCACCGGACUCAGAGUCGGGUAAUGCGGCGAAGAAGCAGAAGGGUGAAGAGCAAAGCAAGACCCCCGAGCAAGAAACCGCCACCAAGGAUGACGGCGCAGCUGCCUCAGGCGCCGCACCCAACUUCAACCCAGGAAUGCCUUUCAACGGCUUCCCGCCCAUGCCCGGUAUGCCCAUGAUGCCGUUCUCCGGACCUGGCUUUGGUAAUGAUCCGAUGGGCUUCAUGAACCCCAUGGCCAUGGGAGCUGCUGGCGGGUUCCCCAACGGCAUGAACCCUGGAUGGAACCCCAUGAAUAUGCCUUUCAACCCCGCGAUGUUUGACCAGAACACUGGAAUGCCCAAUGGAUUCCCCAACAUGUUCAAUGGUGACCCAUCAAUGAUGUUCCCCAUGCAAAAUGGCUUUCAGGGACAGCAGGGUGCUGGAAUGAACAACUUCUCCAACCAGCAACGGACAGCUUUCAGCACCCCGUAUUCUCGCGAAGAGGAUUCACCAUAUUUCCGACAGCCUGUGAACCCUCAGCGUCACCAAGCUAGAAACCGACGGGUCCGGCCCAGCGAUUAUCGGGAGCUAUAA